AAAUAUAUAUACAUUGAAACCGUUCACUAGUACGGUUCAGCAAACGUUGUCAGUUAGUCAUUUGUUUUCCUGGUUGAUUUGUUGUCACUGUGCAGCUAUUUGUUUUCAUUGGUUGAUUUGUUGUCACUGUGCAGCUAUUUGUUGUCAUUGUGCAGCUAUUUGUUUUCAUUCUGCAGCUAUUUGUUUUCCUGGUUGAUUUGUUGUCAUUGUGCAGCUAUUUGUUUUCCUGGUUGAUUUGUCGUCAUUGUGCAGCUAUUUGUUUUACUGGUAGAUUUGUUGUCAUUGUGCAGCUAUUUGUUUUCCUGGUUGAUUUGUUGUCAUUGUGCCGCUAUUUGUUUUCCUGGUUGAUUUGUUGUCAUUAUGCAGCUAUUUGUUUUCCUGGUAGAUUUGUUGUCAUUGUGCAGCUAUUUGUUUUCCUGGUUGAUUUGUUGUCAUUGUGCCGCUAUUUGUUUUCCUGGUUGAUUUGUCGUCAUUGUGCAGCUAUUUGUUUUCCUGGUUGAUUUGUUGUCACUGUGCCUCUAUUUGUUUUCCUGGUUGAUUUGUUGUCAUUAUGCAGCUAUUUGUUUUCCUGGUAGAUUUGUUGUCAUUGUGCAGUUAUUUGUUUUCCUGGUUGAUUUGUUGUCAUUGUGCAGCAAUUUGUUUUCCUGGUUGAUUUGUUGUCAUUGUGCAGCUAUUUGUUUUCCUGGAUGAUUUGUUGUCAUUGUGCCUCUAUUUGUUUUCCUGGUUGAUUUGUUGUCAUUGUGCAGCUAUUUGUUUUCCUGGUUGAUUUGUUGUCACUGUGCCGCUAUUUGUUUUCCUGGUUGAUUUGAUGUCAUUGUGCAGCUAUUUGUUUUCCUGGUAGAUUUGUUGUCACUGUGCCGCUAUUUGUUUUUCUGGUUGAUUUGUCGUCAUUGUGCCGUUAUUUGUUUUCCUGGUUGAUUUGUCGUCAUUGUGCAGCUAUUUGUUUUCCUGGUUGAUUUGUUGUCACUGUGCCGCUAUUUGUUUUCCUGGUUGAUUUGUUGUCAUUGUGCAGCUAUUUGUUUUCCUGGUUGAUUUGUUGUCAUUGUGCAGCUAUUUGUUUUCCUGGUUGAUUUGUUGUCAUUGUGCCGCUAUUUGUUUUCCAAGACGCAUUGAUAAGGACGCAUCGAUAAGGAAGCAAGAUGCAUCGAUAAGGACGCCAUCCCCCGUCGGACCGACCUGCUGCGUUGUGUAUUCUGGGGUUGUAACUAGUGACCAGCUAGUUAGCUGUUAUAGCUGGUCAGACUGUCGACAGGCGACAUGGCUCACUCUCCGGUUCAGAGUAGCCUGCCAGGGAUGCAGAACCUGAAGGCAGACCCAGAGGAGCUGUUCACCAAGUUGGAGAGGAUCGGUAAAGGCUCGUUUGGUGAAGUGUUUAAAGGAAUAGACAACAGGACUCAGAAGGUGGUGGCCAUUAAGAUCAUUGACCUGGAGGAGGCUGAGGAUGAGAUGGAGGAUAUUCAGCAGGAGAUCACUGUGUUGAGUCAGUGUGACAGCCCCUUCAUCACCAAGUACUAUGGAUCAUACCUGAAGGAGGCCAAGCUGUGGAUCAUUAUGGAGUAUCUAGGGGGAGGCUCGGCAUUAGAUCUGUUGGAGCCGGGGUUGCUGGAUGAGACUCAGAUCGCCACCAUCCUCAGAGAGAUUCUGAAGGGUCUGGAAUACCUCCACUCAGAGAAGAAGAUACACAGAGAUAUCAAAGCUGCCAACGUCCUGCUGUCGGAGCGUGGGGAGGUGAAGCUGGCAGACUUUGGGGUGGCGGGACAGCUAACAGACACCCAGCUCAAACGCAGCACCUUCGUUGGCACGCCCUUCUGGAUGGCUCCAGAGGUCAUCAAGCAGUCAGCCUACGACUGUAAGGCAGACAUCUGGUCUCUGGGUAUAACAUGUAUAGAGCUGGCUAAAGGAGAACCCCCACACUCUGAGCUACACCCCAUGAAAGUGCUGUUCCUUAUCCCAAAGAACACCCCUCCUACCCUGGAGGGGAACUACAGCAAGCCCCUCAAGGAGUUUGUGGAGGCCUGCCUAAACAAGGAGCCGAGCUUCAGGCCCACUGCCAAAGAGCUGUUGAAACACAAGCUGAUUGUGCGUCACGCCAAGAAGACGUCGUACCUGACAGAGCUGGUGGAUAGAUACAGGAGGUGGAAGGCUGAGCAGACCAGACAGCAGGCAGAGUCCAGCUCAGACGAGUCUGACUCGGAGCAGGAUGGGCAGGCGUCGGGCGGGAACAACUUUGGGAGUGAUGACUGGAUCUUCACCAUCAGGGAGAAGGAUCCUAAGAAACUGCAGAACGGGCGAGAGGGACAGGAAGUGGAGAGUGGAGACAUUUCAGGGAGGCUGUUUUCCACCAUCAUCUCUCCUUCUCUGGCCGAAUUGAAGCAGCGUCAGGAGGCAGUGAAUGGGAACCCCAUGGCUCUAGAUGAACUGAGAGAAGCUAUUCUCCUAGCUGAGGAGGCCUAUCCUGGGAUCUCUGACUCCCUGGUCACACAACUGGUUAACAGACUGCAGAGAUUUUCUUCAGGCAGGAAGUCUUCGUGCUCUUCUCCCUAGUGAUUGGCUCUCUGCCCCGGCCCGCCUCUCCCAGGUCCCGACCCCUGUCUGUGGUCCAGUCAGAGGUUAGAGGUCAGCCUGGAUAACACCAUAGGUGUCCGUCACACAUUCCUGCUGGAGAACCCUGAACACACCCGAUGCGUGGUGAUCAACUCCAAGGCCUCUUUUAGUAACUUGAUAAACCUGUGGAGAUCAGAGGGGGCAGUAGAGCCCAGUCACUCUGUUAACACUGCUGGAGAAUUAAUCCAAGAGCAAGGAGACACUGCUUCUCAGAGGAGGACCCAUCAGUAUGGACCCAGUCUGUCUGGAACCAGAGGGAGACCCAUCACUAUGGACCCAGUCUGUCUGGAACCAGAGGGAGACCCAUCACUAUGGACCCAGUCUGUCUGGAACCAGAGGGAGACCCAUCACUAUGGACCCAGUCUGUCUGGAACCAGAGGGAGACCCAUCAGUAUGGACCCAGUCUGUCUGGAACCAGAGGGAGACCCAUCAGUAUGGACCCAGUCUGACGGAACCAGAGGGAGACCCAUCAGUAUGGACCCAGUCUGACUGGAACCAGAGGGAGACCCAUCAGUAUGGACCCAGUCUGUCUGGAACCAGAGGGAGACCCAUCAGUAUGGACCCAGUCUGACGGAACCAGAGGGAGACCCAUCAGUAUGGACCCAGUCUGACUGGAACCAGAGGGAGACCCAUCAGUAUGGACCCAGUCUGUCUGGAACCAGAGGGAGACCCAUCAGUAUGGACCCAGUCUGUCUGGAACCAGAGGGAGACCCAUCAGUAUGGACCCAGUCUGUCUGGAACCAGAGGGAGACCCAUCAGUAUGGACCCAGUCUGACUGGAACCAGAGGGAGACCCAUCAGUAUGGACCCAGUCUGACUGGAACCAGAGGGAGACCCAUCAGUAUGGACCCAGUCUGACAGAACCAGAGGGAGACCCAUCAGUAUGGACCCAGUCUGUCUGGAACCAGAGGGAGACCCAUCAGUAUGGACCCAGUCUGUCUGGAACCAGAGGGAGACCCAUCAGUAUGGACCCAGUCUGACUGGAACCAGAGGAGACCCAUCAGUAUGGACCCAGUCUGUCUGGAACCAGAGGGAGACCCAUCAGUAUGGACCCAGUCUGUCUGGAACCAGAGGGAGACCCAUCAGUAUGGACCCAGUCUGACGGAACCAGAGGGAGACCCAUCAGUAUGGACCCAGUCUGUCUGGAACCAGAGGGAGACCCAUCAGUAUGGACCCAGUCUGUCUGGAACCAGAGGGAGACCCAUCAGUAUGGACCCAGUCUGACUGGAACCAGAGGGAGACCCAUCAGUAUGGACCCAGUCUGACUGGAACCAGAGGGAGACCCAUCACUAUGGACCCAGUCUGACUGGAACCAGAGGGAGACCCAUCAGUAUGGACCCAGUCUGUCUGGAACCAGAGGGAGACCCAUCAGUAUGGACCCAGUCUGUCUGGAACCAGAGGGAGACCCAUCAGUAUGGACCCAGUCUGACUGGAACCAGAGGGAGACCCAUCAGUAUGGACCCAGUCUGACUGGAACCAGAGGGAGACCCAUCAGUAUGGACCCAGUCUGACUGGAACCAGAGGGAGACCCAUCAGUAUGGACCCAGUCUGUCUGGAACCAGAGGGAGACCCAUCAGUAUGGACCCAGUCUGACUGGAACCAGAGGGAGACCCAUCAGUAUGGACCCAGUCUGACUGGAACCAGAGGGAGACCCAUCAGUAUGGACCCAGUCUGUCUGGAACCAGAGGGAGACCCAUCAGUAUGGACCCAGUCUGUCUGGAACCAGAGGGAGACCCAUCAGUAUGGACCCAGUCUGACUGGAACCAGAGGGAGACCCAUCAGUAUGGACCCAGUCUGUCUGGAACCAGAGGGAGACCCAUCAGUAUGGACCCAGUCUGUCUGGAACCAGAGGGAGACCCAUCAGUACAGACCCAGUCUGACUGGAACCAGAGGGAGACCCAUCAGUAUGGACCCAGUCUGUCUGGAACCAGAGGGAGACCCAUCAGUAUGGACCCAGUCUGUCUGGAACCAGAGGGAGACCCAUCAGUAUGGACCCAGUCUGACUGGAACCAGAGGAGACCCAUCAGUAUG